AAGCUGGGAAAACCUUCUACGCGCGAACCCUCACACACAUCUCCACAAAACAAACCCCCCAACAAGAGACCACGAACGCGGACUCCGAUGCCGAAUCGAUCGACGACGACGACGACCCGGGCACAUCAUGGUUCUCCGAACACAACGCCCCCGAUAAAGUGCUCCAGUUCCUGGCCGCCGAGGACUUCCCGCUGGCACCGUGCAACAACACGGGGGCCAGCCACCCCAGCAUCCUGGACCUGGGCACCGGGAACGGGAGCAUGCUGGCUCUGUUGCGCAAGCGGGGCGGGUUCCGGGGCGUGAUGGUCGGGGUGGAUUACUCGGCGCGGAGCGUGGAGUUGGCGCGCGAGUUGCAGAGGUUGAAGAUGCAUUCGGCUUAUUUGACGGAUGACGAGGAUGAGGAGGAGGAGGAGGGUGCUGAGGAUGGCCCGGAGAUUCGGUUUGAGGAGUGGGAUAUCUUGCAUUCGGCGGAGGAGGUGGCGGAGCAGGGGAAGUUGGAUUGGUUUCCGUAUGGGGAGGGCGGGUUUGAUAUUGUGCUUGAUAAGGGGACGUUUGACGCUGUUUCGCUGUCGGAGGAGGUGGUUGAGGGCGAUGCGGAUGCUUCGGUGGCCGGGAAGAAGGUGCAGAGGCGGGUUUGUGAGAUGUACCCCGGGGGUUGCGAGACGGUUGGUGAAGAAGGGUGGGUUUUUGGUGGUUACCAGCUGUAA